UUGAAACAAAUUCGCCGCCAUGAAAGCCACUUGCUGCUUGUGUACCAUCCUGGCCCUUAGCCUCCUCCACCUGGUCAUGUCCAGCAACAGCGGCAGCACAACCGAACGAGCUCAGACCUGUCUGAAGAACGUCCAGAGUAGGUGCACAUCCACGACCAAAUCAUGUGGGCGACUUGGAAGGGCCAACAUCUGUCAGGCCUUCAAGAACGACUGCCAACGCAGGUUAUUAAACUGCAACAACAAGGGAGUGACCGAUUUCCAUCGCAAAGUCAGCCAGAGUCUCUGCAGGGGCAUGCCAUACGAUCAGAAGCUGCCCUGCGGUAGUGGCACCAACGCAAUAAAGGUCAACGCUAGUGGCACCAACAACAACAACAAAACGGCGACAGUAAAGGCGACCAAAUCAAAGCUGGCGGAACAAAAAUCAUUAAAGAAUCUGGCUAAUCGGGACAGAUGUCCGCUAAUACGAGCACUAUACAAAUCUGACAAUAAGUAA